UCCUCCUCCUUCCCGAUGUGGGGCAGGCGGCGGGGCCGGCGCGGGGCCGGGCGCGGUGCGGAGGAGCUGCGGGCCCGGCGGCGGGAGCGAGAGGCAGCUCUCAGGAAAGCCCGGCGGGAGGAGCAGCUGGUCAGCAAGCGGCUUCUGCGGGAGGACAGCGCGGCAGAGGAGGGGGGACAGGAUGGAGCAGACGCCGUGCCGGACCCACUCUCAGAGGAUGAGGUCCUCGAGCUGCUCAGAGCUGUGCAGAGGGGCUCGGAGGACAGGAAAGGAUCGCUCUGCCGCCUCCGCCGGGCUCUGCAGAACGAGGACACUCAGCAGAAGUUUGUCAGGCUGGACAGCAGCAUCCGGACGCUGACGGGGCUGUUCACCAGCAGCCUGGCCGACAUGCAGCUGGAGGCAGCUCGUUGUCUACACGAGCUGUCCCACUCCAGUGACCCCACUGUGGCUGAGGCCUGUCUGCCCGUGACCUCCUACCUCCUCACGUACCUGUCGGGGCACAGCGUGGAGUUCACGGAGCUGUGUUUGUACACACUGGGGAACCUUGUAGUAGAAAGUGAAGCUGUGAGGAAGCAACUUCUGCCUCAGGGCAUCAUUCCAGUGCUGGCAUCCUGCAUCCAGUCCCCACACGAGGCCGUGCUGGAAGGUGUGGGUUAUGUCCUCUCACAGCUCCUCCAAGCCAAGGAAUCACCCAUGGAGAUCAUCCCGCAGGUCCUGGACUCUGUCCUCCCCCAGCACAUGCUUCGCCUUGUGUGCUUCAGCCUCAAGGCUGGGCUGGGAGCAGCCGUGGAGUUUGCCUGGUGUCUCCACUACAUCAUUUGUAGGCACAAAUCCAACACCGUGCUGCUGGCGCUGGGGGCUGUGCCCGCCCUCAGCUCGCUCCUGCUCCACCUGGCUUCCGAAAUCCCCCAGGAUGCUCCCGAGGGCCUGGAGCUGCUCGUGUGUCCCGUGCUGCGGUGUCUCAGCAACCUGCUGGCAGAGACGGGCUGCCAGGUGCGGGAUGAGCGCCUGCUCAUCGCCCUGUUCCUCCUCCUGCAAUGCUUCCUCCAGCAGCACCCAUUCCUGGUCCAGGAGUGCCUGUGGCUGCUGAACAACCUCACGGCGGACAGUCCCUUCCUCUGCUCCGCUCUGCUCUCCCUGGACCUGCUCCCGGCCCUGCUGCAGCUCCUGCAGUGCUCCCAGAUGGCCAGUGUGCUGGUGCUGACCGUGCUGUGCAAUAUCGCGGAGAAGGGACUGUUCCAGUGCCAGCAGCUGCUCCAACAGCCCGUCCUGCCCCUGCUCCUGGCCAUCCUCACCCUGCCCGACCCCGAGGCCCUGGGGCAGUGCCUGGAGCUGCUGCACCUCCUCUUCCUGCACUGCCCACAGGCUGCUGCUGAUUUCACCAGGCAAGGCGGGCACCAGGCCCUGGAGCAGCACCAGAACACCCCAGAGCUGCAGGAGCGGGCACAGGCUCUGCUGGAUGUGGUCAGGCAGCCCCUGGGAGCCCCCAGUCCCUGCCACACCACACUGCCUGCCUUCUCCUAGGCCUUGCCACCUCCCUGCCCUCCCCCAUGCUCCAAGGGGGAAUAAACUGUCUGUCCACCCCAUGCCCAGCUUCCCGAGGGCUGCUCAGGGCCCUGGCUGCAGGGGAGUGCUGCUCCUUGUCACCACCCCAGAGCCACCAGCCCAGUGCCCCCCCAGAGCCUGGAGAGAAGCAGAGCUGAGCCGCUGCCGGUGCCAGGGAGGGUGUGAAGGGCUGGAUCAGCCAUUCCUUUGGGCUUCCAGCCACCACGUGAAGCUCAGGGUAAGCACGUUGUGUUUAUGGAUUGAUAAGUUAAAGAUACAUGUCUGACAUUAAAGAUCAUCAGUCAAGUCUCCA